UAUUUAAGGUUAAAACUUAGCUAUUGCUGUUUCUUCCUCGCCGUCGUCUUACAGUUUUUGUGAUUUUACAGAAGAAGGAGAAAGAAAGAGGUUGAAAAUAUGGCUUAUGCAGCAAUGAAGCCCACGAAGGCUGGUUUGGAAGAGCCACUCGAGCAAAUUCAUAAGAUUAGGAUUACUCUCUCCUCAAAGAAUGUGAAGAACCUCGAAAAAGUGUGCAGUGAUUUGGUUCGUGGAGCCAAAGACAAAAGACUCAGAACCAAGGGACCAGUGAGAAUGCCAACCAAGGUUCUUAAGAUCACUACUCGUAAAGCUCCUUGUGGUGAAGGAACCAACACAUGGGACAGAUUUGAACUGAGGGUCCACAAGCGAGUGAUUGAUCUUUUCAGCUCACCUGAUGUUGUCAAGCAAAUCACUUCCAUCACCAUUGAACCUGGUGUUGAGGUGGAGGUCACCAUCGCCGACUCUUAGAUAUCUGUUUCUUCUUUUUUUUUUUCUGGAACCUCUGCAAGAAACAAUCUCUUUGUUCCUCGGGUAGAGCCUACACUCCUGUCUCUCCAGUUGAUUUGGGAAACCAAUGUUUUUGUUGUAGUGAAACUUUAGCUCUUGUUUUUUCUUAGUUGAGGAGAUUUUGUCGGUCGAGUUUUCAUUUACAUCUACCAAGAUUGAGAUCAUAAUUACAUAGAUUC